AUGGCGCGACUCACAUCUCGUUUACUAGGCUUGACGCAGCUACUGGCAGUGCUCGGUGCCGUCAAUGGCUAUGUCGAAAUGCUCUCCGGGCUGCAAGCUCGACAAAUCAACGCAGGGCAGCUCGCGGCCGCCUACGACUACAUCGUCGUGGGUGGUGGCCAGAGCGGCCUUGUCAUCGCAAACCGUUUGAGCGAAGACUCCGGGAGAUCCGUCCUCGUCGUCGAAUAUGGCUAUUUCGACAACAAUCCCGCGCAGGUGGAGCCCGCGAGUGCGACCCAAUAUCUUUCGCGCAAUCUCUUCAACCUUUCCUCUGUGGCACAACCUGGGAUCGGCAACAGACAAGGGCAGGUCUAUGCGGCGUCCGUAGUCGGCGGCGGUUCUACCGUCAACGGAAUGCUCUUCGACCGUGGAUCAGCAGAAGACUACGAUAUCUGGGAGAGACUAGGUAAUCCAGGCUGGGGUUGGAGUGGCUUGCUCCCUUACUUCAAAAAGAGCACUACAUUUACCCCUCCGAGUCCCGAACUCACCCGCGAAUACAACAUCACCUGGGACAUUGAACGCGCCUACGGCAAUGGUCCCGUUCAAGCUACAUUCCCCGACUGGCAAUGGCCAGGAAUUAAAAUUCAAUGGAAGGCGUGGGCCGAAGUUGGCAUGCCGAUCAACACCGAAGGUGCAGCGGGAGACGCGUUCGGGGCCUACUGGAUACCCUCAAAUGUCGACCAACAAUAUCGCCGUUCAUACGCCAGAACCGGCUACUGGGACCCCGUCGCCAAUCGUGCCAACCUUAAACUCCUAAUUGGUUACAGAGUCAAUGAGGUCCUCUUCAAUGCCAACAAGCGCGCUGAGUCCAUCACCAUCCAAGAGCGCGGUUCUUCCAACGGCGCCCCCACCAUCACUGUAAAGGCAACACAGGAAAUCAUCCUCUGUGCUGGCUGGCUCCAUACUCCUCAAAUCCUGCAACGAAGCGGAGUUGGUCCACGCGCUCUCCUUCAGCAAGCUGGCGUCAAUGUUGUGGCGGACCUCCCCGGUGUUGGAUCCAAUCUUCAGGACCAUCCCGUAUCCAGAGCCGGGUUCCAAUACCAAACCGACGUCGUCCCCAACCCUGGCUCCCUCAAUAGCGACGCGACAUUCCGCACUUGGGCUGAUCAGCAAUGGCAGCAAAGAAAGGGACCCAGGUCAAUGGGUGUUGGCAACGCGCUGGUCACCGCCCCGCUUCCCAUCCUAACCUCCAACUUCCAGGCCAUCCUCGACAAGGGUAAAGCUCAAAACGCUGCAUCAUACCUCCCCCGGGGCUACACCGCCGCCCAGGUCGCUGGCUUCGUCGCCCAACGUGACAUCCUCCUCGCCUCGUUCGCGAAGCAGGAUAACGGCGUCGUCGAAAUCCCCUUCUCAGGUGGAGCCAGCACGUCUCUCGUCCUCAUGAAGCCGCUCUCUCGCGGGACCGUCCUUCUGAACCCCGCCAAUCGUUACGCCGAGCCCUCGGUCGACUUCAACGUGAAUAUUAACCCAGUCGAUCCCGAUAUCCUUGUCGCCACGAUCAAGUUCUUCCGCAGGUGGAUGGCGGCCCCGAGCAUGCAGCAGCUCACCCCCGUCGAGCAGACGCCGGGAGCUAGCCUCACUAGCGACGCGCAGCUCGCGAACUACCUCACGACUUCGAUGGGCGCUUCUACUGCUCACUCAUGCUGCACGGCUGCGAUGGCCCCGCAGGAACAAGCUGGUGUUGUCUCGGCGGACUUGACGGUGUACGGCGUCACUGGCCUCAGCGUCGGUGAUAUAUCCAUCAUCCCAAUUAUCCCUGCGACGCACACUUGCGCCACAGUCUAUGCGAUUGCUGAGAAGGCUGCAGACCUCAUUAAAGCUCGGUAUGAUCCCAGCAUCCCGUCUCCUCCCACCACUCCCGGAACGUCGACACAACCCGUGCCCACUACUACCACUGCCAACCCUCAGCCCACUCAACCACCCAGCUGCACCGUCAACAAGUGGGGUCAAUGUGGAGGUCAAGGGUAUACUGGAUGCACUACGUGCGCCGCGGGCUCAACCUGUACCUUCUCGAACGACUGGUACUCUCAGUGCCUAUAA